AUGUCUUCCUCUCAGUCUAGGCGUGGAGUGCGUAAACGUACACAUGACAGAGCUUUUACUGGCCAUUCAGCAUCUAUGGACUCAACGCCUGUAGCAAACAAUGGUCAGAAACCUCCAUCAAGUGUUCAUUUUAAGACAAAAUCUAUGUCUACAAGUUUGAAAAGGAUACAAAAAGAACUGACAGAUAUUAUGUCAGAUCCACCACCUAACUGCAGUCACGGAAUAAUAUGCCUGGAUAUACUCAAGGAUAACUGGUCUCCAGCACUUACUAUCAGCAAGGUUUUACUAUCCAUUUGUUCGUUGCUUACUGAUUGCAAUCCUGCUGACCCCUUAGUUGGGUCUAUUGCUAGUCAAUAUAUGCAUAACAGAUCAGAACAUGAUCGUAUUGCACGAUUAUGGACACAGAAAUACGCGAAUUCUGCCACAUAUCCCUCUACUGGACAUACGCAGGGGAUAAAUGCCGAUUCCGAGUCAAAUAGACGAGAUUCGCAGGCCAUACUGUUACCAGUUCCAAGGUCGUCAGAUUCCGAACAUUCAGGUUGUACAUCAAACAAAGAUGAUAUUCUGACCGAAGUACCGUGUACAGAAAGUAGUAGCACAAGUGCCUGUACAAGCGUUGGAGCUAGAAGUGAUGGUGGAGAAAGUGUGGAUGAAGUUCUUGAUGAUGAAACUCCUGUACCUUCUACAGAAUCAUCUGUUGUUCAUUCAUUCACUCCUGCUUGAUUUUUUUUCAAUAUUGUUCACUUACCUGGUUCUUUCGUUUCUUCAUGGUUUCUUGUUUUAAUUUAAUCCACUAACUGUUUUGAAAUCCUUUUGUAAAGCGGAAUCAUGCAUACUUUUUAUAGUUCCUAGGAGAUCCCGAUAUAUAUAUAUGUCGGGAUUUAGUUUUUCCUAAUUGCAUUCCCUUGUUGGCACACGCUGUUUCCGCUAAUUAUAUAAUGAUUACUCAAGUUAAAGGUACUGAUUAAAACCGCUUGAGUAGAAUAUCUGUAAUUCUAUAUCUCAGGUUUGUUAAUUUUAGGCACUUACAUUUUAAAAAAGUUGUACAUUUUUGUGAAUCGCCCUCGAAGGGAUUCUAUAAUGUUGAUAUACAAAUUUUUACCAGUUGUAUAAACAUGUAUUUAGUGCUUGUUUCUCGAAAAAUUCAUGUGCCUCCGGACAUAUCAGCAUUUCUUCGUUCGUUCUUGUCUCAUAUGUUGAUG